AUGGAGAAGGCUGGAUCAAGUACCCCACCCCUCAUUGGCAGGACUGUCAGCGCACCCAAGCAAGUAAGAAGUAGUGGUGAUCGCCCUGCCAAAGACACCCCCAAGAGUGCCCUGAGCACUAAACAAGCAAAUGAGGCUAAGCAACCGCCCCACCAUAAGCUGGCCAAACCAAAGAGUGGAGUGGCCACAUAUCACUCUGGCUCCCCUGGCUGUGGAAAUGAAAGAGGGCAAGCCUCGGGAGCUAGAGCAGGACACCAACCAAAAAUGAAGGCCGAAGCUCCUUGCAAUGAAAGUAAGGAGAAAGCAAAGAAGAAAGUGGGAUCCCCUGAUGUCGAUCUUGGGUGCCCAAAGAAGAUCAACUUCGACCAGAUUCCGGUUGAAGCUGCUAAGUUGCCAGAAAGUGCGCGCAUUUCCAUCCGAGAUCAGUGCUAA